AUUAAGUGCAACUUUUCGCUGUGAUUUACUUUUAAAAAAAAAGAAAAUUCUUUUAAGACUUUUUUCUUUUUUGUGUGAUAAUGGUUACAAGUGGCACGGAAAACAACUUAAUUGCAAAUACAACAAAUUCAGCGACAUAUCUAUCCAAUACCGUCAAGGGUCGGACAUCAUGGAACAUCAAAACGACGACUUUGGCUAAAAAGACAAUUAAUCGUAUACGCGGCAUCGUCGAAUCAUUGAAAAUCUCUCCAAAUCCUGAAAAACCAAUGAUACCGCUAACUAUUGGUGAUCCAACUACAUUUGGAAAUCUUAAGGCCUCGUCAGAGACAAUGAAGGCUGUGUUGGAGGCUGUUGAGAGUGGCAAAUACAAUGGCUAUGCUCAUAGUCAGGGUCAUGAGGCCGCUCGUCGUGCCAUUGCUAAAUAUAGUGCUCAUCAGAGUUCGGAAGAAAUCAAGACAGAAAAUAUUUUCAUUACUAGCGGUUGUUCAUCGGCCCUGGAAUAUUGCAUAUUAGCUUUAGCAGAACGUGGACAGAAUGUUCUAUUACCACGUCCUGGUUUCUGUUUAUAUCAAACUUUAGUCGAAGGCCUAAACAUUGAGGUUCGCUAUUAUGACUUGUUGCCCGAGAAGCAAUGGCAAGCCGAUCUUCAACAAUUGGAAUCAAUGAUUGAUGAUAAUACGGCCGCUUUAUUAAUAAAUAAUCCUAGUAAUCCGUGCGGUAGUGUAUUUAGCAAAGAACACUUAGAAAAUAUAUUAAACAUCUGCGAGAAAUACUAUCUACCUAUAAUAGCCGACGAGAUUUAUGAGCAUUUCGUAUUUCCCGGUUCGCAGCAUAUAGCGGUUAGCAGCUUGUCUCGUAACGUGCCGGUACUUUCAUGUGGCGGUUUAACGAAACGCUUCUUAGUGCCCGGGUGGCGUACUGGUUGGAUUAUUGUACAUGAUCGUGGAAAUCGUUUAGUCGAAGUGACUGCCGGCCUACGUAACAUGUGUUGUCGUAUUUUAGGUUCGAAUACUUUAGUUCAAGGUGCCAUACCUGCUAUACUAGAGAACACUCCGCAGGUCUAUUUCGAUGAGGUUAUAGAUAUUUUACAUGAAAAUGCUAAGCUUACGUACAAUAUGCUAAAGCAAAUACGCGGUCUUAAUCCUAUUAUGCCUAAUGGGGCCAUGUACAUGAUGGUUGGUGUGAAUAUUGAUAAAUUUCCUGAAUUCAAAGAUGAUUUACAUUUUGUUCAAGAAAUGGUUAAUGAACAGAGUGUCUUUUGUUUGCCGGGCAGCUGCUUUGAGUAUCCGAAUUACAUGCGCAUUGUGUUAACAGUGCCUCGCGAAAUGCUCGAGGAGGCUUGUUCACGCAUAACUCAAUUCUGUGAAGCUCACUACAAAGUUGACAACAGCAUCAUUGAAAGCAACUUAUUAAACGAAACGUACUGAGUUAAGCGCAAAAAAAUGUUAUUAUUUCUAGUGUAGCAUAUAGCGUGUGUAGAUAUAUUCUCUUGUUCUUCUAACUUUUAUUUCACGCAUUUAUUAUCAUUGUAGUCGCCUGGUCAAUAAUUUCAAUUAAGGACACUUAAUAUGAAAUUUAAAAUAAAUUCUAAAAAUAAAUUUUUUUAAUAUUCA